AUGGACGCCUUCGCCAACCCCAGCGCGCAGCCGCCGCCUCAGUCGGCCGCCCAGUCGUCCGCCGGCACCCGCCAACGAAUCAUCACCUCGUGUCUCACGUGUCGCCGUCGCAAGGUUAAAUGCGAUCACAGAUACCCCGUCUGCUCUGCAUGCUCGCGCGGCAACCAUGUCUGCUACUAUGCCAACGUCCCCAACCAGCAGCAGCACGACGGCCGAUCGCCGCCGUCAGCCCAAUCCUCGGCCAAUCGCGUGCACAAGCACCAGUCCAGUCAAAGCAAAGGCCAGUCCAGCCAUGCCGAAAUCAAUGCCCGUCUGGAGCGCCUCGAGUCGCUGCUCGAGAUGGCUGUGAGCAACCAGCCGCCCAGCAAGCUCUCUGUGAACACGCAAAAGCAGCCGCAGCAGCCGCGCCAACCCGCGCGCCGUGACACUUCGCAGAGCGACGUCUAUGAAAACAAAGAAAGAGUGAACAGUUCCGCUUCUCCAAAUAGCAGCACUUCCGGCGAUAUCCAGGCCGCCGAUGCCUAUGACGGCACCCUCCUGGUCGAGAACGGCCAAUCCCACUUUGUCUCUUCCCUGCACUGGGCCCUGCUGACCGAAGAGCUUCAAGACAUCAAGGCUAUCUUGAGCACCGAAGGCAAGCCCGGCAACGUCAACGAUCCGACGGGCUGGGGCGGCAUCCGGACCUCUCAGUCCCUGCUAUUCAGCAGUGGCCAGGCCGCUGGCGACACCUCGGUUUUUAUGCCCGAGACACAAGAGGAGUGUUACGAGCUCUUCGCCAUUUUUAUUCAGAAUGUGGAUCCCGUCAGCCGUUUGGUGCACAAGCCGUCCCUGGGUAGGCGCUUUGCCGCCUUCUGCCGAAGAUGGCAGAACCUCACGCCUUCGUCCGCUUCGGGCCGUAGUAGCGAGAAUUUCGACGAUCAUUGGAACGAAGAGCAGCUGCAGAACUUUGAGCCUCUGGCCUACGCUAUAUUUUAUUCGGCUUUGAACAGCUUGAAGGCUGAAGUAGUCCAAGCCCGUUUCAAGAAAGACAAGCUAUCCCUUUUGCGGAAGUACCAACAAGGUCUUGAGUUCUCCUUGCAGCAAGCCGACUUCCUCACCACUUCAAGCAUUGAAGUUCUCCAAGCUUUCAUAAUCUAUCUGACGGUCCAAGCUCGCGAAGAUGACAUGGGCCAGGUGUGGCCACUUACCGGUGUUGCCAUCAGGAUAGCCAUGCUACAGGGCCUUCACAGAGAACCUAGCUUCUUCACCUCUUCCAUGGAUGAGGUUCAGGUAGAAAUACGCCGUAGAGUGUGGCAUCAGAUCUGUCAUCUGGAUUGGAGGGCAUCAGAAGGCAAGGGCAUGGAGCCGACCAUCUCGGAUGACGACUUCACCACCUUGCUGCCCCGAAAUGUGAGCGACUCCGACCUGAUGGAGGGCCGGGCUCCUCCAACCAACCCGUACCUGGAAGAAGAGGGAGUUACGGACAUGGCCCUGCAGCUCUGCCGCUUGGGCAUGAUCCAGUGCUUCCGAAAGAUCGCCCAGAAUGCAUACCGGCUUGAUCGAAAAUGCAAGGACUCGCGACUGCGAAACAACAGCCUUGAUAUUGUUCCUGAGCUCCAAAGAUUGUUCGAGGAGACCAAGCAAAUGGUGGACGAAGUGCAUUCCAAAAACGAACGGUGCAUUCUCAGAUAUUGCCGCCUCGAAGUGACUGUAGAACGGAUGACGAUUGGGCUAAGUGCCAAUUUGGAAUGGAGAUGCUGGUUGAUCUUCUGGAGUGGCGUUCCGAAAGACUUGAGGAGAGUAGUCAUCAACGACGAUGUGCGCACCAUGAUACUUACACGAUCGGUGUCUCUUAUCGAAUCGCUGAAUCGAGUCUCUCACGACAAGGACGCCGAACAGUUCCAGUGGCACAUUGGUGGACAUGCCGCUUUCCAAGCCAUCAUGCACAUCCUCGCCGAGCUCCGCGAUCCCGAGUUCUGUGGCUCGAAGGAUCCCAUAAUUCGAGCCAGAGCCCUACGCGCUCUGCAUACUGUCCUUGAUCUGAAAGGUCGUUCCGAUUCGAACACCUGGGCGGUCAUCAAGCGUAUGAUUGACAGGCUGGACCCCAACCAUGAACAUGCCAAACCGGAACCGAUGAGCGGCAUCUCCAAGGAGCGCUUCGGUGAAGAUGAGCUGAGCGUCAUGUACUUUGCCAAAAGCCCCAGUCCAGCCGCAUCGCAAAAUGUUUCGCAACCGUCUUCAACCAAAUCACCUCCUCAGUCUCAUGUACCGGCACAAGUGCGCUCUUCGACGCAAGCGCAGGUGCAGCCUCCGGUUACAACGCCAUCGACGGUCUCGCAACAGGAUUAUGCCUUCUUCGCACCUACUCACGUCACGAUGCCUAGCUCAGACAUGAGGAGCAGCAGCAUCGAUGCCAGAUACCCAUCGGGAAAUCAAGGAAUGGCCGGGUCUCUAGCGGAAAUGGAAAGGGGCAACGUCGGGAUGAGUGAGGCAAAUACAAGUGCAUGGUUACAGGACAUGGCCAUGGAUAUGGACUGGGGGUUUUGGAACUUCGAUCCUCUUCAGUUCGAUGCCGGUUUCGGCCAAUUUGCGGGACCUGAAGGGCCAGGCCAGUGA